AUGGCUGCGUUGAUGAUGGUUAGAGAUAUAAAACACGUAACGACGGGAACGAAGAACAUGAACAACAGGAUACUGGUCGGGUUAUUCGAGACAUUAAAAACGUGUAUCGAAGUUAUUGAUUUAUUUAGAGGUGUUAAUGAUUCAAUUUCAAAUCAUUCUAUAACCCUCGAUGAAGAGAAUAAAUUAACAGAUUAUAUAUUCGUCAUUAUUGCAGAAUUAAUGAAGAGAAUAAAUGAAAAAGGAAUUGGUGAUAUCAUUAAUGUCAGCGAUGUAAUGAUGAAAAGAAAUUUUGACUCAUUAUUUACAAAACCGAAAACAGAAUAUAGUCUUUAUGACGUAAUUACCGAAUUAAUGAAAAAGAUUAAUGAUAAUAAGAGUUCUGGCGGAAGAGUUGAAUUAGAAGUGAAUGAUGUUAAUGAGAAAUUAGCCGAAAAAGCAAACAAAAAUGAGCUUUUAGCUCUGAGUGAUAAAGUCAAGAACCACGUUCAUUAUAUAACUUCAGACGAACAGAUUAUAACGGACUACCAUGGAUAUUUAACACGAAGUGAUGAAGCGAAGACAAAAAAUGUUAAUGAAAGAAGAUAUAAAUACAUUCGUGCUAAAGGUUAUGACAUAAGCUGUACUGUACAGUAUGAUGUAGCUAAAGCACCAGAAGCAUUUGGUUAUACCGGUGAAAUUUAUGCCUCUACUUUCAAUGUUAACGGUGUAUUAGUUGAACCAAGAUUUACUUUGAGAGUUAAGGCAAAAAUAACGUUUGAAGAUGCUAUUAAAAGUAAAGCUGACAAAGUUGAACUCGAAGCAAUGAACAAA